ACCACACAUGCAUCUAUUUUCAUAUUUUCUAAGAUUACCCAAAGAGAUUGAAAGUCUUGUGAACAACAAGACAAACUAAUGUAACCAAAUCAACCAGGCAUAACAAUAAAUAAGAACAAAAGCACAAUUUAACAGACAGGAACUUUCAAACAUUUUACUAAAAUCUAAUACCGCAUUUGUUUCCAAACUAAAACAGUUGAGAAUUCAGCAGAUGUUUAAGUGUUUUAGAGCUUUUACUGCACAUAAGAGGUAAAACAGUUGAUCGUUUUUGGGUAGCUAGUUACUCUUUGAAGUUUUUUUUAUUUUAAUUUUGAUCCCUAGACGUCUCAGAGUUCGCCCCCUGGUGUGUCAAAGCUCAACACAUCAGAACUACUGUAAACAGCUAUAAUAACAUCAACAUCAGAGUUCAUCACACAUUGACAUUAUUUUUCUUCAAAAAGGCAAUCUGCUGCAUUCUGGUCUGAUAUUAAUUGACUGAGUGAUAUAACUGUGCUAAUUGUGAAUUUGUCAAAUAAAUCAAGAUCUAUAAAGAACAAGAGAGACAGGUUGCAAAAGACAAACAAUCCCCUCUUAACACAAAUCUAAAUUUGUAUUGUUCAGAUGUUUGUCAGCCUCACUGAGAUCAGAGUUAAAUAUAUAACAGGGUAAGAAAAAACAAAAGCAUCUUAAGAAGAGAUAAGUGUGAACUACGGAAGAGGAACAUGAAAUUCAGGAAGUGCCGACUGGCCUGCAGUUGUCAAAAGAUCUGCUGACACUUCAGGAAGAAAGAAGACAAACUGUCUGAGAAACAGAAUGACUGAAUUCACAUCAGUUCAACUGUCUUUAUGUCUGAUUCUGGCACUCAAGUUUACAGUAAUAAAGCAAAUUUCUUCAUCUGUCAUUGUGAGAGGAGGAGAUGAAGUCCAGUUGGCCUGUGAAAACAUGAUGGAUCCGAUUAAGUGCUUACGGAUCCACUGGCUCUUCAGUAAAUCACCUCAGGGAUCCGCAGUAGAUCUGGUUAAAUUUGGUCAGACGAAUCAAACUCAGGCUGCCAGAGAAAAAGCAGACAGACUAAGAGUCUCACCAAACUGCUCUCUGAUAAUUCAGAGGGUCAGCGCUGCCGAUGUUGGGACAUAUUACUGCCAACAAGUUGAAAACACAGACCAGAAGGAGAACAGACACACUGUCGCUUUGUCUCUGGUUAACAUUACUGAACAGAAAGACGAUGAAGAGGUGAAGCUGAAAUGUUCUGUUAUAUCAAAUUAUCCAUGUAAACAUUAUGUGAAGUGGCUUUUAAAAGGUCAAAGUAUUGAUAAAGAUAAUACAAAUCUAAAGACAAAAUACUCUAUUUGUGCUGCUGAAGUCACCUUUAAGACUUCACAUUAUGCUUAUGAGCCGGGCCGUUAUAAUUCACUGCAAUGUGAAGUAGGAGAGUCUGGAAGAAAGCAGCAGCAGUUUCCCUUCAGAGUUCAAACUACAGGGAAGAAAAAUAAAAUACCUGAAAACAAUGAGGCAGAACAACCAUCUGGUAUGUGGUGGUUGUACAUCGUCGUAGUUAUCGUUUUGGCAGCUUUCCUGUUGGCUGUCGGGUUUUUCAUAAAAAGGAAGAAAAAUAAAGGAAAUAAAACACCAGUGAACUCACCCCCUGCAGCUUCUCAGUCUGCUUCAGAAGUGAACCAGGACCCAGAUGAACCUGAUGCAACCAUCUCUUAUGCUUCAAUUAACCUCCCAAAGAAGAACAACAAUCAGAUUUGGGGAAGUGAUGCAGCAGUGACUUACAGCACCGUUAGAACAGGAGUAUCGCCUGAUCCAAGCCACCUCUAUGUUUCUGUUAAAUAACCAAACUGGUAUUUUGGUUAAUUUAAAAGGAAAUAACUGGAAUAAGAUUUUUAAAGCAACCAAAACACAAUAUAUUAACCUUAUUUUUAGGGUAUAGACUUUGAGGACAAUUUCAUACAUGAGCUAUUUCAAUUUAAAAUGUAAAACUAUAUUAAAAAUGUUGUCUUAAAACAAUAAAAAUGCUUAUCA